GGUGUGGUGAGUUUGAAUGUUAUUAUUGGAAGGCACUGGUUUAUAGUAUGACUGAGCAUCAACAUUCAGACCUCCGUGAAUGUAAUAAAAGAUACCCAAGUUCUUUAACUAUCACGCAAACAGUUCUAAUAAUUUGUUUGCUUGUUUAAAGAUCCCACAAGUACAUCUCUCGAGAGGAUCCUGCAUGAAGAAAGCCUUGGAAUUUAAAUCCAAGAAGAACUUCACAAGUACAAGCCAAACAAGAACUGAAAUAACAACAACAACAACAAUUCAUAGAUCCAAAGAUCCCACGACAGAAAAAUACAAAUAUACAAACUACAUAAAAGCAGAAAAACAGAGAAGAACAAAAAUACAAAUACAUAAAAAGCCAUAGUUUCUAGGGAAGGGGAAGAAAUUCAUCUGGUUGGCAGAGUUGCACUUCCCAAACCAAUACAUACACCAAAACGCAGGUAUCAUUUGAAAUUUGCACUUUUCAGAAUUUUGCAAUGUAAGCUUUCCAAUUAAAAUGAUGCAUACAAUAAAUACAUAUAUUGGGGGGACAAUUUGCACAAAAGUACUUUAAAAAGGAGCAGGAUGGUACAAAAAUGCAUUGUGCUGCAGAAAACUCAUAGAAUCACAGAAUUGCACACACAAAUGAAUAUGUUAGCCAAAGUCAAAGGCAAAAGUGCAUACCUUGGGAGCAGGCUACAUUGAGAUGCACACAAAUUUGCACACCCAAUCUCCAUCUGAUGUGGAUAAAUAGUGUGAACUGAAUUGAAGAUUGGGGUGGGGGGAGAUGAAAUAUCUGAAACAGCUUCAUCCAUCAUCACAUUAGUUGGGAUUUGGUAUCUAUAUGGACAUGUGCUUAGAGACAGCUUGUCUCCACCCCCAUCCCAGUGCAUAGAAAGGAUUAUGUUAGACCAGUUGUUACUUUUAGUGCAGCUAAGAUUCUUCCAAGAUUCUCCUCAUCCACUUUCUCUCUGAUGAUUUCAGUUUCCCAGACUCUCUGGUGCAAAUCAUGCUUUGGGAAUUCUCCCACCCCCUUUUUGAUUUUUCAAUUCCCAACCAACCCAUUAAUCCUAGAGAAUUGUACAGUAGUUUUGUACAAGGCCAAUGCAUUACCAAGAAAAAAAAACAGGUUUUUGGUUUUUUUACAUAUAACCAAUAUUCUCCUGUCAUCAUCACUCUCGCCACUCCACCCCUCUACCCUCCUGUCCAAUUAAACAACAGCAAAAUAAUUCUUUUUUAAAAAUGUGUUAGCAAUAAUGGAAAAUACAGCAUGCCCUUGUAUGCUCCUCGAACGUAAAGGAGGGUGUUCUGUCUUCACCUCUCUCUCUUUAAUCUUUCUUGUGCACAUCACUAUAUAUAACUGUCUCUGUAACUUUAAACCUGAGAUUUUUUUUUUAUGAGUGACCAAACAGAUUGCAGAGGGAGGGCCUUCCUUUCAGGACCACUUUGAAUGCCUGCUCAGCCUUCCAUUAAAGUAAAAAAACUGAUUCUUUUCUCAGUUACUUUCCCGUCGCUCUUGUCAAUGCUUCAGAGAAAGCAAAACUUUCAACUUCUUUGGCAGGCGGAGGAGAACUUGAAAACCCAAGCAAACUUUUUUUGCAAAACAAGAAGGCGCUUGAUAUAACUGGAUUGCUCAAGACCAGACUUUUGUUUUAAAGAGUUUAUCGAAGAUGUUUAUCAAGAUGCAGCUCCUUCUUUUCCUGAUAGGGAGCUUAUCAUUCCAUGUUCUUGCUGAGGAAGGUAAGAAAAGUUUUCUUAGAUAUGCAGAUGUCCAGAAAGGGAUAUAUUCAUACUUUCCUUUUUUUCUUUUUGGUGGCUGGCUGUGUUGUGUGUUAUCAGUGCAAAGUUUUGCUUAGGCUGCGAUCUUAACCCCACUUCUCUGGGAGUAAGCCUCAUUGAACUCCAUAGGUUUUACUUCUUAGUAACCAUUUUUAGGAUUGCACUUAGUUCCCAUCCUAUCUUGAGAGUCUAUUGCUGCAGAAUUCAGUAUGACCGAGGCUGGUAAAUUAAAAGUUUUUGGCUUUCGACUGGUUUUCGAAAGUGCACUAAAGAAAUUCCACCUACCUAUACAGUGGUACCUCGGGUUAAGUACUUAAUUCAUUCCAGAGGUCCGUUCUUAACCUGAAACUGUUCUUAACUUGAAGCACCACUUUAGCUAAUGGGGCCUCCCGCUGCCGCUGAGCCGCCCCCGCACGAUUUCUGUUCUCAUCCUGAAGCAAAGUUCUUAACGCGAGGUACUAUUUCUGGGUUAGCGGAGUCUGUAACCUGAAGCGUAUGUAACCCGAGGUACCACUGUACAGUGUAGCAGAGAGCAAAAGAAAAAUAAUGAAUUAGUUUGCAGUAAAUAUAUACAUUAUGGACCGUGGAUUCUUUCAGGAAACAAAAAUACAGCAGUGCAACCAUCCCUGCCUUCUUUCAGGCAUUUCUUUAAAAAAACUAUGCUUUUUAUACCAUAUGAAUUUUAUUUUUUAACCAACCGGUAUCUAUUGAUGUUUUGUUGAUGCUUUGGAUUAUACUGUUUUUAGGAAGUAAUUUAAUUAUUGUUUGAUUUUAUACCAAUGUUAUAUAUUUGAUGUUAGCUGCCCUGAGCCCGGUUUCGGCCGGGGAGAGCGGGAUACAAAUAAAUUUAUUAUUAUUAUUAUUAUUAUUAUUUGCAGAUACUGAUUGAUUUUGUUGUAUUUUAUGUUGUAAGCCUCCUUGAUGUUUUAUUAAAGUGCACAUCAUAAAUAAAGAUAAUACAUGCCUACUCCGAAGUAAACCUCACAAUUUCAUUAGGAAUGUAUCUCCUCCAAGGUAAGGUAGCAUAGGACUGCAGCCAAAAUCUCCUCUAUUUAGUAAUAACAUUUUACCAUUGGGCAAUAUUUCAUAUGGGAAACUUUCCAGUCGGACUGCAAAUGAUGGGGGGGCAGUUAUUGGCCCCUGGUUUUCCUAGGUUGCAGACUCAAUUCCCAGAAUAGCUAGUUCAAGUGAUUUCAGGUAUCAGAAGCAGCAGAGAUCCAGAAGAGCAGUUGGCAGUGGAGUUGGACUCAGUAGAAGACAGAUUUCAUGUAUAUGAGGAACACCACCACCCAUAGCUCAGUUGUGGACAACAUGCUUGGAUGCCAAAGGUCCCAUCUCUUGCCAAAGGAUGUCAGAUAUCAAGCAUAGGAAAGACCCCUCUCUUCUCAAGAGCCAGGAGAGAUUUCUUCAGCCAGAGCAGAUAGUAUUGGUCUACCUGGUAAAGAAGCCAUGCUGAUACUUCCUCCUCCUCCUUUAAUUUAUUCUUUUUAAAACAAACACACACAAACCCUUAACAACAACAAAAACCCCAAAGCAUACAGUGAAAGUCAGUGUUGGAACACACUGCAAUCUAAAGCAUAGAAUAUUAUUUAAAUCAGAGUAAUCAAAAAAGUCUGGAUGUCUGCAAAAGUUCAGGGUUCUUCUUCUUCAUUAAAAGAAUAAUUCAGUACCGGUCAGUUGUAAAUGAGUCUUUGUGUCUCUGUACUUUAGCUAGUCAUAUAUAUACUUUUAGUCAAUUUGGGCCAAUGGCCAAACUCUGUUAAGCCAAUUCAAUAAGGAUGUCCCUUGCAAGUCUUUCCAAAACCGGGUUAUAUAACAAGUCUAGUGGCUAAUAACAGAUAAUCAGCAAUUCUUCCUUCUGUAUGGGCUCCCACCCCUUUCUGUUUGGUCUGGUCUAAAACAUGAAAUAGCACAUGCUACAAUUGUCCCAAUUUGCUAAGAAUAGUUCCAGGUUUUUGGUCUUGUCCCUGGUAGGACAUAGUUUCUAGUUUUGCCUUUUUAUGGUUCCAUUUUUAAAAUAUUGUUGCUUAUCAGGAUAAAGCUAUCAAUAGCCACAAGUCAUGAUGGCUAUGUAUUUCCUCAUCGGAAGCAAUAUACCUCCGUAUCCUAGGCACUGGCAAUUAUGUGUGCUGAAAGUGCUGUUCCGUUCCUGUCCUGCUUAUAGGCUUCCGAUCGGGCCAUCUGGGUGGCAACUGUGAAAACAAGAUGGUGGACUACAUGGGCCUUUGGCCCGAUCUAGCAAAACUCAUUUUAUAUUCUGAUGUUCAGGGAUCAGCUCUCUUUGCAGGGUCUCUAAGCCAAGAGUGGGGAACCUGUGACACCCCAAUUGUUGGUAGACUUCAAUGGCCACCAUCCCAAUGGGCAUUGGAGUCCAGCAACUCCCAGAGGGCCACAUGUUAGCCACCCCUGCUCUGGACAGUAGGCUGUACCCAAGAGCAGACCCAUUGAAAUAAAUGGACAUGCCUAACUUAAGUCCAUUCAUGGAGGAUCAAGCUAUUGAUGGCUACUCGUGCUGAUGGCUGUGUUCUUACCUCCACUGUUGGAGGCAGUAGGCUUCUGAAUACCAGUUGCUGGAAAUCACAAGGGGAGAGAUCCAUUAUUUUAAUUGGCCUACUCUGCGGAGGCCUUAGUUGGAUGCAGCCCAGUGACUCUUGGAAUGGGAAAGCACAUUGGCCAUAGCGCACAGGCAAUGUAAAGACAGCAGAGGAGGCAAAUGAGAAACCCAUAACAGGAAGGCAUAUUAUAUAUUUCAAGUGGUUGGUGGACUAAACUCAUUCUUGCAAACGUAAAGUAACUGUGGGGUGCAAAAGCAAGCCAUAGACUGGUGGUUGUUUUUCGCUUGUCAUCCUGUAGGCUUUGUGCCAGCUGCAUGUUGGCAUAGCACAAGCCCCAGAGGGUGCCAGGCCCAGAUGUCAAGAGGCCCAACACCCACAGAGAGGAUAGGCAACAUGUUGCUGGGUCUGUUGGCGUUGAGUUGGGCUGCCUCCAUCGGCAGACUGAAUCAGUGUUGCCCAGAAUCAAGGCGUUCUCAGCUGGCUGCCUCACAGAUUCCUCCUGUUUCCAUUUCUUGGCAAAGGGAAAGGAGGAGGAGGCAGAGACAAGGAAGCCAACAUGGGAGGAUGCAGAUCAAUACUGAGGAUUGUUGUUUAUUUCCAGGAUGAGUCCUGGGAUGUCUAGCCAAAGAGUCUCAUGACGGACCUGCAGAAAUACUUUGUGGCUCUAAGAAUGUAAGGAAAGCCUGGUAGACCGGGCCAAUGGCCCAUCUAGUCCAGCAUCCUGUUCUCACAGUGACCAACCAGAUGCGCCCACAGUCAGCAUUGAAAGUAGUUCAGUGGCAGAGCAUCUGCUUUGCAUGCAGAAGGUACCAGGUUCAAUCCCUGGCACCCCCAUGUUGGGCUUGUAAGGAUGACUGCCUGAAACCCUGGAAAGUGGCUGCCAUUCCGUGUAGGCAAUGCUGAGGUCUAUGACUUCGUAUAAAUCCACUUCCUAGGUUUUCUUUUCCUGCACCCUGUAUCAAAAGGAAUGUAUCUUGCUAUGGAUGAAUUCUUCUCUUCAGAGGUAUUUGUGGGUGUAACCUACAACCCACCUGAAAGUAAACAUCCAAGAUCAAAAUUCAGAGUUGCAUUCCAGAGACUGGAAUUCCUUGGGGCUUGCAAUUUCAUCUUCCCGGAACAAUCUCACAUACUUGGGUCUGAGGCAGCCUCCCGCAACCCGGUGCCCUCCAACUAUUUGGGACCAUCAUUCUUUACUGCUGGCCAUGCCGGCUAGGGCUGAUGAGAUGUGAACCAAAAUAUCAGAAGGGAGCCAAGAUGCAGAAACGUUUGCUGAAAAGUGAAGCAACAUGCACUCCAACUGCCCCUAUUUACUGAUGGUAGCUCCCAUUUUCUGGUCUUAUCCCUAGUAAGACAUUGCCUCCAAAGCAGCCUUUCUCAACCUGUGGGUUCCCAGAUGUUGUUUAAGCCAGAGCUCAGGGAUGAUGGGAGUUGUAGUCCAACAACAUCUGGGGACCCACAGGUUGAGAACCGCUGCUCUAGAGUAUAAGAAGAGGCUGCUGGAUCAGGCAGAGUCCAACAUCUUGUGCUCAAAGUAGCUGACCUGACACUUGCGAGAAACCAGCAAGCAGGAUUCAACCACAAGAGCACUCUCACUGUUGGCCACUGUGAGAACAGGAUGUUGGACUAGAUGGGCCAUUGACCUAAUCCAGUAUGCUCGUCUUAUGUUCUUCAGUUAUAUGUUGAUUGGAUCACAGAUAUCAGUCAGAUUACUCGUCUCCAAAUAUUGUGAUGUAGUUCCAGUUUGUUGUUGUUGUUGUUGUUGUUGUUGUUGUUUUAAAGUCUACAGAGGUGCACAUUUUGUGGGGCUAUUGUUAGCAUCCGCCUUUUUCGAGAGACAGUGGAGUACACCUCUGUGGGUGAAGUCAAACAGCAGCACCGAAAUGACCUGGGCAAGCCUGGACAGGGUGUAUGGAGGCUCUGGGCUGCCCAGAUGACAAGACCCCCCUCUCGGUUUCACUGAUGUAGUCCAAAGGAAAACAGAGCAAUACAUUUGGCACCAGCUUGGCUGCAGGAAUUGCUAGGAGGCAUACAAGGCACCACCCAACUGCCUUAGGGACUCCACUCCAGAUUUGUGUAGGGUAUACUCCUUAGCCUUUUCUUCUCCCAAAGAUUUCCCGCAAGGCAGCAGAGGCUUAGGACCAGAGUCUUCCGUCUCCUAGAUGGGCUACCUUCCCAGGUUGAUGAGCCCCAUCCUCCCCUCACUUCUCUCUACAGCACAUGCAGAAAUAGAUUUCUUGACCAUUGGACUCACUAUUGCUCUGGAGUCUGUCUUCGCAUGCAGAGGAAGUCCCUAACUCACUGAGGGUUUGAGACCCCUCAGCUACCCUCACCUGGCUUAGCUGGCCAAUCUAAGCCAUUCCCAGGAUUGUGGCUGCUGUCACAUGGUGACAGCUUCUAAGAGCCACAGGUGAGAGCUGAGUGCAGGGUGGAGACUAAAGGUGGACAAACUGCCCCAGAAGGAGCAUGACAUGUCCCACACCAGAGGUACUAUUCUACAAGAAAAGACAUUGAAAAACAAUAUGUAUUUUAGGAAGUGAACAGAGUGCAGAAAAUUCCAUUUACAUGCUUUUUGGGGACUAUGUGUUUCUUAAUCCUCAAAUUCAAAGAAAAUUCAAACUCAAAAAAAAAAAAGGUGGGGAAGGAAUGGAUCUAUGAUUGAGCAAGUGGAGGUCUGACACAUAACAGAAAUAGAAUGAUCCCUUCCUCUAUGAGACGUCAGAAACAUCAGAGACGCAGAACUGGAAUGUGCUAUAUCAGAUUUUUGGCACAGCAAAGUGCAUUGAGUAAUUCACAUCUGCACAAGCCUGCAUCUGGAAAAACAAGAGAAAUUUGGGAAGUGAGGUCAUCACAAAGCCCUCAAGAGAAGAACACUGACAGUGAGAUGUCUGUAUCCGCUGCUAAUCCUUCUCAGAGUUGACCCAUUUAAAUCAAUGGAUACGACUGAUUAGGCCCAUUCAUUUCAGUGGUUCUGCUCUGACUAGGAUUUAACCGGAAGCAACCCAAUGUUACUUCAAGUCUGUUUGGACAGUAUAGAAGUACCAUCCUCUAUAAAUUAAAAAAGGGUAGAAUAUUUUUUUUAAAAAAUUAUUUGGUUCUUCAGAUUACAAUUCUGCAAGCACAUAUCCAACAUACAACAUAUAAACAAGAUUCCAAAACUUCCCUCCUCCCCUUUGUGGGUCUUAUUGUUAAUCAUUCCCUCCUGCAUCUUUUAUGAUAAUCCAAAUCUUUUACCUCUCCAUUGUGUCCAAAAUUCACCAUUAAACUACAAGUGCUAUUCCAAUCCUACUAACGAUUUUAACUGUUUACAAUGGUUUUUAAGAUAAAUUACAAAUUUUCCCCAUGCCGUAUGAAAAUGGUGGUCUUCCUGAUUUCUGAUUCUUCCGGUCAUUUUUGCCAUUUCGGCAUAAUCCAUCAACUUGAUUGGCCAUUCUUCUCUGGUAGGGACUUUAUCUUCUUUCCAUCUCUGGGCCAAUAACAUCUACGCAGCCGUGGUUGCAUACAGAAACAGAAUCUAAGUUUAAGUCAGUGUAGUCUAAAUUAGCAGUGCCCAUUAAUUGCAAUGGGUCUACUCUGAGUAGGGCCAACAUUUCCAGGCAGAAGAUCCUAGGUUCAUAAGAACAGAAUAUGGGCUUGUUAGAUCAGGUCAAUGGCCCAUCUAGUCCACCAUCCUGCUCUCACUGUGGUUGAUCAGAUGUGGGAAGCCUGCAAGUCGGACAUGAGCACAGCAACACUUUGUCCAUCUGCAAUUCCCAACAAACUGGUACUCAGAGGCAUUGCUGCCUCAGAUGAUGGAGGCAGAACAUGGCCAUUGUGACUAGUAGCCGUUGAUAGCUUUCUCCUCCAUGAAAUAAUAAUAAUAAUAAUAAUAAUAAUAAUAAUAAUAAUAAUAUUUAUACCCCGCCCUCCCCAGCCAAGACCGGGCAUAGGGCGGCUAACACCAAGUAUAAAAACAAUUGAUUAAACUACAACUUAAAAACAAGAUUAAAGUACAACAUGAAAAUGCAGCCUGAUUUCAGUAGAAACUCAAAAACUUUUUGGGGAUGAAAAUGUCAAAUCUUCACCAAGGCCAACUAUCCAGACUGGUCCUAGUUGGGCCAGAAAGAAGCCAGGGAAGUCCCCAAAUAGGAGUUCCAUCACAGAAGGAGAAAGGAAAAAGGAAAGAGGGGGAGGGGAUCGAGUUGAUUCCAAGCCAAAGGCCAGGUGGAACAACUCUGUCUUACAGGCCCUGUGGAAAGAAAUCAGAUCCUGCAGGGCCCUGGUCUCAUGAGACAGAGCGUUCCACCAGGCUCUGUUGAAAAGGCCCUGGCUCUGGUUGAGGCUAAUCUGACUUCCUUAGGGCCCAGGACCUCUAGGGUGUUGCUAUUUAUGGACCUUAAGGUCCUCUGUGGGGCAUUAUAUAAUCCUUUUAAAGCCAUCCAAGUUGGCAGCCAUCACUGCCUCCUGUGGGAGAGAGAGAGUUCUAUAGUUUAAUUAUGUGCUGCGUGAAGAAAUAAUCAAUCCCUGGCAUCUCCUAGCUAGGGCUAGGAAUGUCCCCUGCCUUAAAAUCAGUAACAAUACAUUGGGCUAAAGUUAUUGGCUAUAAUAUACAGUUAGAAGAAUGGAAGAGGUUAUGGAAUGAAGGUAUUAAUUUCACUGCUUGCAGUUCGCUUAAAGAAAACGUAAUGAAAAUUAUGUAUAGGUGGUAUUCAACACCAGUGAAAUUGGCUAAAAUGUAUAGAACAAAAAAUGAAUGUUGGAAAUGUAAGGAAAAGGAGGGUAGUUUUUACCAUAUGUGGUGGACAUGUAAAGAGUUAAAAGCUUUCUGGGAAAUGAUAUAUAAUGAGUUAAAGAAAAUGUUUAAAACACUUUUGCUAAAAAAACCAGAAGCUUUCUUAUUGGGUAUAGUGAGUAAAGAAAUACCAAGACAAGAUAAAAAAAUGUUCUUGUACGCAACAACUGUGGCAAGAAUUUUGCUAGUCCAAAAAUGGAAACAACAUGAAAUACUAACAAAAGAACAGUGGCAGAUGAAAUUGAUGGACUUUGAAGAACUGGCGAAACUGACGGGAAGAAUCCGGAACUAGCGAGACCAAGCAUUCCAAAAAGACUGGAAUAAAUUUAUUCGCUAUUUGAAAGACAACUGUAAGCAACUAACAUCACUAGCAGGGUUAUCUGAAGAUUUGUAAGAUGAAAUUGCUACCUGUUCAGGUUGAGUAAUAGAACUUUUUAGGGAAUGACAUAAUAAAAAUAGGAAAGGAAGUGAAAUUUAAAGACACAAAACCUAAGUUUGUAAACCAUUAGGCGGGCGGGAGGGAAGUUGUUAGGCUCAGUUGAGCCAAAAAGGUUAAAUAAGAAGAUAUGAUGUUACAUAAUGUGAUUAUAUGUAAAACUAAUUUAAAAAAUUAUAAAAAAAGGAAUGUCCCCUGCCUGACACCUUCAAAGGCCACUGAUAAUUCCACACAGAAAAUACUGGGCUAGGUAGAUCAAUGGUCUGAUCUGGUAGGUAGCAACUUCCUAGGUUUCUAUGUUCCCAUAUCCUCUCGUCAAAAAAACAAGGAACCAGCAAUAAAAGCUGUUGGCCACGGAGACAAGAGUUUUAAUGCAUUUCCCUGCUUCAGUAUCUAGAUUUCCUGUUCAGUGAGUGGAUUCCCCCCCGCCUUUAAAUAUUUGAUGCUCAAUGCUCAAGGCAAGACUUUUAUUAAAUAUUUGAUGUUGACGUACCACUGCAGGGAGAAGCUGGACUGUAGAUCAUUAGAUGUUUUUUCUCCCUCCUUAAAACUUUUGCCCAAAAAACUUUUUUUAAUGGAUUUAAGAGAGAGAGAGAGGGAGAGGGAGAGGGAGAGAGAGAGAGAGAACAUAAUAUUCAAACCUCAUAAAAGCCCUUUGGAUCUUUGGAUGUAGAAACACAUGUUAGUGUGCUUUUGCUUUACUGCAAAGAGAAGCCCAGUAUAAAAGAUGCAAGCAGUCUGGAUCUUAAUUUAUAUUUUUGUACUAGGGACGCUGGUGGGAUUUGAUUGCAUUCUGCCCUGAACUGAGCAGACUGAUAGCUCCCCAAGUAAUGUCCAGGUUGGAACAAAGGCAACAGUAUUUGCCAAGUCCCAUUAGGGUUUACUUUUGAGUAAACACGCACAGAAUGGCAGCUAGUUAGCUGGUGGUUGAGUGCUUCCAAAAUGUUCCAGCCCAUUUCUCUGCUCGAAAAGACAGCAAAAUGUGUUUAAAAUUGUGUAUUUUGCAUAGUGCGUAAGAAACUGUCAUACUAAGUCAGAUCAUUCGUCCAUCUAGCUCAAUACUGCCUGCACUGACUGGCAGCGGUUCUCCAGAGUUGCAGAAAGGGAGUCUUUCCCACCUACCUGGAGAUGCCAGGGAUUGAAGCUGAGCCCUUCUGCAUGCAAGGCAGAUGCUCUAACCACUGAGCUUUGGCACUUCUAUUUUGAUUUUUAAAAACACACUUAGAAAUUUGUAUUUUAAAUAUUUAAGUGCAUAUUCAAAAGUGCAUUUAGAUGCAUGUUUAAACACGUAUUUAAAUAUGUGGGGAGAAAGUGAGAGCUGGACCAUAAAGAAGGCUGAUCGCUGAAAAAUUGAUGCUUUUGAAUUAUUGUGCUGGAGGAGACUCUUGAGAGUCCCAUGGACUGCAAGAAGAUCAAACCUCUCCAUUCUGAAGGAAAUCAGCCCUGAGUGCUCACUGGAAGGACAGAUCCUGAAGCUGAGGCUCCAAUACUUUGGCCACCUCAUGAGAAGAGAAAACUCCCUGGAAAAGACCCUCAUGUUGGGAAAGAUGGAGGGCACAAGGAGAAGGGAAUGACAGAGGAAGAGAUGGUUGGACAGUGUACUUGAAGCUACCAGCAUGAGUUUGACCAAACUGUGGGAGGCAGUGGAAGACAGGAGUACCUGGUGUGCUCUGGUCCAUGGGGUCAUGAAGAGUCGGACACGACUAAAUGACUAAACAACAACAAAAUAUAUGGGGAAGGGUGGCAGCUCAGUGGUAGAGCCUCUGCUCUGCAUGUAGAAGGUCUCAGGUUCAGUCCUUGGCACCACUAUGUAGGCCUAGGAAUGUCCCUUAUCCAGAACUCUGGAGAGCUGUUGCCAGUCAUUGUAGGCAAUAUUCAAAACUUUAUUGCAGUCCAAAGACUCACAAAACAAUUUCAAAACUAGACCAGACAGACAGAUGGAAGAAACCAAGGCAGUCAUUUUGUUUUAUCUAGGGCAUAAUGAUCUUUGUUUCUUAUAACCUCCAAAAGAAACUUUGCCACGGCCAGUGUAACAUCAUUUGACCUGUCUUCCAAAAGAUAUUUAAUAUGGGAGGCUUUGGAUUUUCCUGGCAAAUUUGCCAUUAAGGUUUUUAUCAGUUGAUCCCUUGCUUGCUCAUAUUGAGUGGUUUACGUGAAUGGUAAGGAGAAUCGCUUGCAAGAAUAUUAUCAGGGAAAAUGGUGUGAAGAAUCUGUAUGUUCUAGGGGAAAUUCACACUAAAAUGUGGAUGGAUGACCUUUUAUGAGGGCUCUUUGCAGGUUCCAUUUGAGUCCAAACCACCAUUGCAAGUGGACAAUGGAAGGGGCUUCACACAAGUACUGAUCAGUUGAUUGAUGCCGAUAACAGGCCCCUUUGAACUUAGAUGGGUUGCGGGGUACCACAACUGGGGAGGGUGCAGUUGCACUCAGGUCCUGCUUGGAGGCUUCCCAUCAGGGCAUCUGGUUGGCCACUGAGAACAGGAUGCUGGACCAGAUGAGUCAUUAACCUCAUCCAUCAGGGCUCUUCCUACGUUCUUAGAAGAGUGCUAUUUUUGACUGCAGCUCUGUGAUGAGUGCAAUGCAUACUUACACGCCUAGCUGCACACCACAUGGGCCUUAAAUCUGAGGUAUGACUCUCCUCUCUCAUCGCACCCUCUUUUAAGUGGGAGAACUUCUAAUAGUCUGGGAAUUCUAUUUGCAGCCAGUUAUCUGUUGACAUAUAAUAGAAGCUUAGCCUCAUUUCCUCCUCGGCUUUUCUCUUGUAUUUUUGAACCAAAGGUUAACAGACAGAAGUGUCCCAUUGCACACCUUUCCUGUCCUGAUGGGAUGCACAGGGUGAUGAGUGAUGCAUGAAUAGUGCUGCAGGGUACACUCUUUAAGCCAGGAAACCCAACCGUUCAUCGCUCACCAUUUACGACAGAGCAAGCACAUCCCAACAGCCCAUUGCAUUGCAUUAUUUAAAGGGAAGAAACGACUUAAGAGGAGGAUGGUUUUAAUAUUAAACAGCAAAUCUGCCCAAGUUAAACCUUGUUUUUUAAUGGGUUGACAAAACCUCACUAAUUUAUUACAUGCGGAUGCUAUGUUCCUGAGGUAUGCAUGGUGGACCACAAUGAGUUGGAGUGGAGAAGGCAAUCCUCUUGUCUUCUCAGAAAGUUUGAUCAUUUUGCACUGUUUGUAAUUUAGGUCCUUGAAUUUCACUAGGUCAGCUCCCGGUUGGAUACAACCCAACUAAGUUAGCCAACAGAAUCUUGAUCGUAGCUCAGUGGCAAUAUGUAGCCAGUAAUCUCAAAUCUCAGCCGCUUCUCAUCUGUUUCAUUUAGCAAGUACAGUCUCACUGGAAGAUGAAGCACCAACUACUGACAGCAGAGACAGUGACGUUUCUGAAUUUCCAACGGUGAGUAUCUUUUAUAGGGGGAUAUAGUCUGUUUCAUUCCUGGUUAUUGUAUGUAUGUAUGUAUGUAUGUAUGUAUGAAAAUGUAUGUAUGAAAAUUGCAUAUCGCCCUUCAUGCAAAGAUCACAUAACAGUUUACAACAUAAAAAUACAAAAUGAGAACAUAAAUACGUAAUAAAACAAAAACAAAUGAAUAACCCCCCUCCACAAAUAUUUAUUAUGAUGAUCUCAGGCUGUCCACCCAGCUCUAAAGGCCUUCAUUUAUUAUGGCAGACCAUGAAGACCAGACCAAAAAGUAUCUAGGUUCAUUUCAGUGAGGAGUCCCAUGGCCUCAUAUUGACAAGCUGAAACAUGCGCAGAGGUGGGAAACCAAGGUGACCAAGGGUCUGGGAACCAAGCCUUAUGAGGAACGGUUGAGGUUGAUGGGUGCAUUUAGCUUGAAGAAUAGAAGACUGAGAGGUGACAUGCAUCUUCAAAUAGCUGAAGGGCUGUCACGUGGAAGAUGGAGCAAGCUCGUUUUCUGCUGCUGCUCCGGAGGGUAAGAGCUGAACCAGCAGUUUCAAGUGAAGAGAGACUCCAUCUAAACAUCAGGAAGAACUUUCUGGUGGUAAGAGCUGUUCAACAGUGGAACAGACUCCCUUGAAAGAUGCUGGACUCUCCUUCAUUGGAGGCUUUUAAGCAGAGGUUGGAUGGCCAUUUCCCAUGGAUUCUCUACCUGUGAUUCCUGCAUUACAGUGGGGUUGGACAAAUUGCCCCAUUAGGUCCCUUCCAACUCUACAAUUCUAUGAUUCUAACAACUUUGUGUUAGAGUCCACUUCAUCAGACAAAGCUGGGUUUGGCUAAGGAUUUUUUUUGCUGGGGAUGAGGAGGGAAGACUUCAGGGAUGGGGGCUGAAUGGGCCUUAAUUAUUCCCCAGGCCACACCUUCUUCCCACACCCUGCUUGAGUUCUUUAGCCUGUCUGAAAUGUAUCCUUUUGAAUUGUGAUAAUGCCACCCAUUUGCCUGCUGGAUGAAGGACCAAGUGUGAGUAUGCAGAAAUCUCCGGCUUUUGCAAUUGCCGGAAUGUAACUGACUGUGCAAAGGUGAGAGCCCCAUCCAGUGUGCCAGACAUUUUGGCCAUUUGCUUACUCAGAAGGUAAAACAGCAGCAAAGUACAUACAAAAUGCACUAAAAUAUGUGACGCUAAAAUAUGAUUGGACUAGGAGCUGUGCCUUCUCAAGGACUCUGCUCACCAACGUGGCUCAGCUGGUUGGAACGGUGGUUCUGAUAACGCCAUGGUUGCAGGUUUUAUCCCCAUAAGGGACAGCUGCAUAUUCCUGCUUUGCAGGGGGCUGGACUAGAUGACCCUUGGGGUCCCUUCCAGCUCUAUGGUUUGUUUAUUCUAUUAAACCAACUGCCAUUCCUCUCACAUGAUCGUUAUUGUUAUUGAUUAAAUUUCUAGACUGCUCUUCGCCCGAGGAUAACGGGGCAUUUUAGAAUACAAAAACACAAAAAUACACAACAUGGUAGCAAACAAAAGCAGUGCCCCUCCCCAACACACACACACACACACAGAGAGAGUUUAAAAAGCCAUAGGUUGUUUAAUUAGCCAAAGGCUUGGUAAAAGAGUGCCCGAAGAUAUGUUAUGAAGGUGCAAGGCAAGCCUCCCUGGGGAGCACAUUCCACAAAUAGGGAGCCACCACCGAAAAGGCCCAUUCUUGUGUUGCCACCCUCUGGACUUCUCGCGGAGGAGGCACACAAAGAAGGGUUUCAUAUGAUGGCUGCAGGUUCCAGGUCAGUUUAGGGCUUCCUCUUCACAACCCAGUCGGCUACUAAGCUUCAUUUUCCCUGAUCCCAGCUUGCUUUAUUUAUUUAUUACAUUUAUAUACUGCUUUUAUUUUCCAAGGAUUUCAAGGUGAUGCACGUGGUUCUCUCCCCCCCCCCCCCAUAGCUGUCAACGUUUCCCUUUUUUUAAGGGAAAUUCCCUUAUUCCGAAUUGGAUUCCUCACAAGAAAAGGGAAAAGUUGACAGUUAUGCCCCCCCCCAUUUCAUCCUCACAACAACCCUGUGAGGUAGGCUAGGCUAAGACAUGGUGAGUGGCCUAAGGUUACCCAGUAAGCUUCAUGGCUGAGUGGGGAUUCGAACUCUGCUCUCCCAGGUCCUAGUCCAACACUCUAGCCAUUACUCCAUGCUGGCUCUCAAAUGUCCUAUUCUCUCUUAGGCUGUAAUCCUACACAUGCAUACCUGGGAGCAAGUCCCCUUGAAAUCAGCAGAACUUCCUUUUGCAAAGACUUCCAUAGGAUUAUUUUGUUACUGUUUCAAAAUAAACAAAUAAAUACUGGCAUUUGUAGCAGAGUUGUAUCAAGGUGGAUCAGCAUUAUGCAUGUUUUGAGAAGAGAGACAUAGAAAUGAAUUAUGCUUGCCUUUGUUUUCCUCUCUUUAAAACACAUAUAUCCCUAAAACUAACGAACAUAGUUCCCGGUGACAACAGAAAGCUCUUCCUUGGAUGAUCUGGUGACCACAGACAGUCCCCUCUCAACCAGUGAUGAUGCUGAAAACUCAACUGACCCAAGCUUACCAGAAUCUGAUGGUAUGUGGUGUGCAUGUUUCUAAAAUGUUUCCUAUGCAAUGUAGGGUCAUUUGCAAUGGAAGAUUUUCUAAUGCCCUGGAGAGCUACCUAAAUUUAGUGCUUAAUAAACAAAACCAAAAACUUUGAAACUCUCAAGCCUGCCUAAGAUUGCAUUUGCAAAUGGUAUCUAGUCCUCUCUUUUUGUUAACUUGUUUGCUAAUGCACUUAGGAAAUGGAUUUUUUUCCAUGUAAACAAAGUACUGGGGGGAAGUCUGAAAAAUUUAAAAAUGUCCACGUCUUUCUCACACACACAUAUAUGUGAAAGAUUAUGAUUCUUAUUAUUUAUUCAAUUAAUAAGACACAUGCUGCUUGCAAAUUUUAAAAGCAAUAAAGCAUAACGUAAGAUCAGAAAAAGAACAGUGUGCUACAGCAAUAGCUAUUCAAUACCAGCAAAACGCAAGGAAAACAUGUUGCAGAAUAGUUUUUUAUUUGGCUAGAUGGAAGACAGGCAAGGCUAUCAAAUGCAAACUGGAUCCUUAGAGCCAUCAACCAUUACUGGUUACAACAAAAGUGAACAGGAAAGGUUUUCCCAAUACUCGCUGCAGUGAAAUAUGUCACUAUACUCACUACAGAGAAGCUAUACUCACAACCCACAUAGUUUUCUGCGCUUGGAUACAUUAAACACUUGAGUGUCUUUUUCUUCUCAAUGUAAUGAGUCUUAAUGAAAGGGCGUUGCUUGUUCUAGCAAAACAUACCAUCCAUAGGCAGCAAAAAUCAGCACCAAACUCAUAGAAUUGCACAGUUGGAAUGGCCCAAAGGCUUCAUCUAGCCCUGCAAUGCAUCAUAGAGACAGAGGUUCUGCGGGUGACACCCAGUUUGCAUGGGGGUUCCCUCCCCAUGCACAUUGGCGGAGCGUGCCCUGCAGCAUGGUGAAUAGACAGGGAUGUUGGGAGUUGUCGUAUGUGGGUGCGAUGGCCAGGACUCCCUAUUCUCUAUACAGACACUAUCAUUUUGGCUUCUUCUUUUUUAACAAAUUACAAAGCGGUUUAAAAUAAUUUUAAAAAAUAAAUACAUCCCUGCCACUUUCCACGAAACCAGCUAGUUAGUCUAGCCAGCCAUUGGAAGAGUGCUCCACAGGGUGAGAUUUCGGUUUCAAGCCAAAGGUGAAUUAAUAGUUACAUAACAAUGGUAUUGGGUAGCAUCCCAAAUUAGCUAUCUGGUCCAAAAGUGUACUGUCAUCUCCUUGGCCCAUGCCUGGUUCCAGUCCAGGCGGAUGACUGAAGCCAAACUUAAUCCAAAGAACAGCACUGAGUGAUUAGGUUCCUUUCUUAAAUUACCUUAAUCCGUCUUUGAACCUACAGGCAUGCUAAUGAGCCUCAGCCCUCUCAUGUAAUGAAUCCGGCAACAGGCCCUCUUUCCUGAUGAAGUAGAAACCCUUUUCAUGUUCACUGGAAGGCAGCCAGAUUCUGAUUAUUCCAGAGAAAUCAUUGCUGGCUACUUAGCACCACUGUGACACCUCAAUCCCUUGUGCACUGUGGACUGCAGCACAGGAAGGAAGCCUCGAGGACAUUAAAACAUGAGCAUAAAGAUUUGCCAAUCUGCUUGCACAAAGCUUACGUAGAGGUUCAAUUGUAUUGGUUAUUCAUUCUGAUUUGUUUGAUGGGAGAUUAUAUCACAAUCGGCAUUCACCCUAACCAGCAUGCACUUUUCAAUGCAUUUCCCAUCACUGCAAAAAUGUCAGUUCCUUUUUUCUAAAGGGAAUCCGAUGAGUCUAUGAUUCUAAGUGAAUUCUACUGCAGGGGGCUGGACUAGAGGACCCUUGGUAAUCCCUUCCAUUUCCACAGCUUUAUGAUUCCAUAGUUGAACCAUGUGCUGUGUGUCCACGAAUUCCAUGUGCUAUGAGAGAGGGAGAGCAGGGUUGCCAUAUUUAAAACAGCGAAAAAUCCAGACAGAUUUUUUCUUUUUGGCCAAAAAUGUUGAGCUUUUAUUUAGUUUUGCCCAAAGUUGAGUUCUUUUGGCAAAAUUGUAAAAAUGGCACUACCCAUUUCCACCCGGACACUGCUGCCGAAUGAAGUAUUCUGUAUAUGUCCAGGAAAUUCCUGCAACCCUAGGAGAGGAACUUUUCUUUAAUCACUAUUAAUCAUCCAAUUAUUUUUUGUUCUUGUUUUAAUUUACCGUAUAUGCUGCUCACAGUAUACCAUAUUUUUCGCUCUAUAAGACGCACCAGACCACAAGACGCACCUAGUUUUUGGAGGAAGAAAACAAGAAAAAAAAUUCUGAAUCUCAGAAGCCAGAACAGCAAGAGGAAUUGCUGCGCAGUGAAAGCAGCAAUCCCUCUUGCUGUUCUGGCUUCUGGGAUAGCUGUGCAGCCUGCAUUCGCUCCAUAAGAGGCACACACAUUUCCCCUUACUUUUUAGGAGGGAAAAAGUGAGUCUUAUAGAGCACAAAAUACAGUAUAUUGUACCUGGCUCUAACCAAGCGCCUUUGCAUCUCCUACCAGCUUUAUAUGUGAAAAGAGAUUUCAGAAGGAAAUACUGUAGGGGGCAAACAGCUUCACACUGCCCUCUGCCCUCUGCCCUCUGCCCCUGGUCCAGACCCCCCCACUCCCUGGUAGCUAAAAACAGACAUCAGGCAAUCUGACCAUGGAUCUCACCAGCCUAGUUUAGCUCAGAAGGCUCUCCUUCCCCACCUCUGCCACAGGCAAGCACUAAUAACAAAUGUAGUGUGAAAUGUUCGCAUCAAAUUUCCAAAUUAGAUGCUGUGCCCUGGUUUCACAUUCCAUCACAAGGUCUGACUUCAGAAGGCUGCGCAGCUCACGGUGACACUUUAUUUCAAAGUCAGCCCCCGAAAAGCUGACGGCUGCGUCUGUGAUGACGCGUGGAGAUGUCCUCCUGUGGGUUUUGUACAAAAUUUGGAGCGACUCCUGCGUUUUCUUUCGGAGGUCUGGGUUUGUUUAUCAGCUGGAUACAGAACUGCAUGUUCUUAAUUCUCCGUGUGGCACAUGCUUCCACCAGCCACAUUCCUCCCACAUUCCUCAGGAAUGACCUGACCUCGAUAAGGUAACAACGCAUCAACCAGGAAAGGACUGAUCACAUGCCGGGCACAUACCUAUAGAAUUACAUUUCCAACCUAGCGGUUUCAUUUUGCUUUUUGUAACUGUGAAUCGUUCCCUCACUUCUCCUACAAAAUAAAAAAAUAAAAAUCUGAGAAACGACUCUAUAAAUGUGCACCCUGAGGCUGAAAUCAAGGUUGAGUUGUAUGUAAGCUACUCCCCAAAUACAAACAGGCUUCUGAGACCUGUCCCCAGGGUGAGUGUGAGAUGAGAGAACCUUAGAGUAAAACCCAAGCUGGAGAAUAAUCCAUAGGUUGCCAUCCUUGACAAAAUGCAACACUGGAGAGGCUGAUUUAGUGACCCAUAUCCUCCUGUUUUGCGCCUGUUACCAAGAUCUGAACAGAAUCUUCAUCAAACCCCUCUCACCAAAUCUGCCAGGAUGAUCAGACACAUUUUAUGCCUUUCUACUUCUCACAGAUCAACAUGCAUUUACCACUCUCAGGGUUGCCAAGCAAAAUCCACCAGGAACUGACCCCAAGGAUGUAGCAAUUUUCCUCUUUGGAGUUUGUGGCAUGACUGUAACUUUCAAGGCGUCGAUGCUGAUUUGAUGUUGAACUAACUUGGCCAUUUGAAUUCCCCUCCCUGCAGAUGGCCUGGAAACAGCUACACUGGUUGGCAUCAUCUUUGGAAUCAUUGCUGCUAUCGCAGUCGCCACAGGGAUUAUCCUUUUGAUUGUGAAGAAAAUGGGGAGGUACUCGUAAGUAUCGCACAAAGCAGACACUGUGGCAGGGCUUUCCAAACUUUUCACGUUGGUGACACACUUUUUAGACAUGCAUCAUUUUGUGACACAGUAAUUCAGCUUUGGGAUGUCGGUGGUGCCGUGGGUUAAACCACAGAGCCUAGGACUUGCCGAUCAGAAGGCUGGUGGUUCAAAUCCCUGCGACGGGGUGAGCUCCUAUUGCUCAGUCCCAGCUCCUGCCAACCUAGAAGUUCGAAAGCAUGUCAAAGUGCAAAUAGAUAAAUAGGUACCGCUCCGGUGGGAAGGUAAACGGUGUUUCUGUGCACUGCUCUGGUUCGCCAGAAGUGGCUUAGUCAUGCUGGCCACAUGACCCGGAAGCUGUAUGCCGUCUCCCUCGGCCAAUAAAGCGAGAUGAGCGCCGCAACCCCAGAGUCGGCCACGACUGGACCUAAUGGUCAGGGGUCCCUUUACCUUUACCUAAGUCAGUUUUACUAGCAAACCGGGGGUUAAACUAACCCCUUUCCGGCCCCUGGAGGAGCGCAGGGAAUGUUCCCAUGAAAAAACCUACACAAUGCAGCCGACACACUAAUGUGUCACGACCCAGUUUCGAAAGCUCUGUACUAUGGUGCAGAGAUGAGGAGAGACUCAGUUCACUUAGACUUCUAAUAUAAACCUACCUAAUUCACACUUCCCAGAGCCCACAUUGUACAAUGACAUUUUGCCUAAUCCAUCGGGCUUCUAAGGCAAACAUAGAAACUAUAUUCUGGCAAAAUAACUGCCCUCUCCAUCCUUGCUUUUCUUCUUCUUUUUAACAGUCCCUGAAACUCACUGAAGAGAGAAAGAGGAAAUACAUCAGAAGAUUUCUUCCUUUUUUGAGUGAGUCUCCUCCCAUGCUAACCAUGGAAGAUGAUCACGGGCAAAAAGCAAUUUGAGGACUUAUAAGCCCCCGGAGGAGAUCUCACGCAAUUUCCUGGAGCAAGUUUUUUAAAAUACAAAUAUGCCUUAAAAAUUGAGUAUUUCUUCACCUAAAAGAGGGGUGAGGUGGGAAGGAUUUUGUCAGGAAGAUUUUGAAAAGAACAAUGCACAAAGCUGUCUCCUAACAGUGCUGUUUACAGGCAAUAUAUUAAAAAAGUAUGUUGCUAGUAGGAAUUCCUGAAAAAAGAUGGUUUCUGCACUUUGUUUCCUAUAGGGCUGGCAAAAUGGUAGGGUUGCCAUAUUUCAAAAAGUAAAAACCAAGACACCUCAAAAGUUGUUGAGCUUUUUUAAUAAAAAACCCCAAAAUUGUAUUUUUAGAAAAAAAAAACAUCAGCCCUAAAAAUGGUGACCUGAGGGCCCUCCAGAUGUGUUGGACUCCAAAUCCCAUCAGACCCAGCAAACAUGGCCAAUGACGAUUGGGAGUUGUAGUCUAGCAAUGUCUGGCGGGCCAGAGGCUUGCCAAUCCUGCUAUAGGGUUGACUUUGGGCUGCAACCCUAAACCCGAGGAGUAAACCUCAUUAAAUUAAGUGAGUCAUACUUCUGAGCAGUGAUUUUUUGGGCUGCACUGUUUGCUGUUUUUGUUUUCCAAGAGACAGUUUUCAAAGUCAUUUUUAAAUAAUAAUAAUUUAUUAUUAUUAUUCUGCUCUCUUUGGGGAGGGAGAGUAAAAUAGGGUUGUGAUAGAUUCUGCACUGGGAAAUUUUGAAUUUUGGAAACUCGGAUUUUGCAAACUGCACUGGGAGAUUCUGAAUGUUUACAAUCAGAAUAAAUUGUGCCAGAAAAUGCUUGUUUUAUCCUGUUUUCGAGUUUAAAGUCUCCCAAACUGCCUUCAGAUAAAUUGAAGGGGUCUCGAUUGGCUUCAGUGACUGCCUUCUUCCAGUGCUGGAUUUAGGGCCAUGUGGACAGUUCCCCUGCAGAAGGCACCAAGCUGAGGGGGCGCAAAUUGAGAAGAUCCACAAUGGAGAAGAUCCAUUUGGGGGCACAAAACAUAGGCCAUGCACAGGGUGCACCAUAUUACAAAAUACUGCUGAAGUCUGCACCUGCCCCUUCUGACCCAGGUG